AUGGACCUCACCUUCUCAACACAAACACAAUUGAUUUCUGGCUUCCUUCUGGCUUGUCUCACACCAACAAUCUACUUCUUUACAUCCAACCGGCGAUCAAAAGACAACACUUCACCGCAAGACGAGAAGACUUCAGACCCGGAACACUCUCAGUCCAUCGAUCACACCACGCACGACUCCGACGACAUGGUCUUCCCACCCAUCCCCAACCGCGAGUACCAUGAGCACUACAUGCGCCAAGCCAUCCAGAUGGCGGAGCUCGCGCUUGCCUCUGACGAGACGCCCGUCGGCUGCGUUUUCGUGCACGAUGGAAAGGUGAUUGGGAGGGGCAUCAAUGGCACGAAUGCGAGUUUGAACGGCACCCGCCACGCCGAGUUCGUCGCCCUAGCCGAAAUCAUGUCCCGGCACUCGCAAUCCAUCCUUCCCACCACCGACCUCUACGUCACCGUCGAGCCGUGCAUCAUGUGCGCCUCCGCUUUGCGACAAUACGGCAUCCGCGCCGUCUACUUUGGGUGCUUGAACGAUCGCUUCGGGGGCUGUGGGGGCGUGAUGAAGAUCCAUUCGGAUGCUGGCAAGGAUCCGACGUAUCCGGUUUAUGGGGGGUUGUUUCGGGAAGAGGCGAUUAUGCUGUUGAGGCGGUUUUAUGUGCAGGAGAAUGAGAAGGCGCCCGAGCCCAAGCCGAAGAAGAACCGCGAGCUCAAGACGGAGAUCCUGCCAGUGACCGUGACGCAGCCGACGAUGGCGGCGGCAAAGUCGAACAUGGCAGCCGCGAGAGCAGCGGAGCAGCAGAAGCCAGAGGGCAAGGGGCUGGCGAAGGCAAUGGAGAAGAUGGAGUUGAAGUCGUGA